AUGAGGGGUAUCCGACCGCUGCGCCAACUGAUCCACCUCCCCGCGCUUCACCUCCGGCCCCAACCGCCACAACUAGCACUAUACGCCCUAAAAACCCGCUCAAUGAGUUCCCAGAGAGAGGAUUCUAUCCCACACGAGCUGCGCACAGCAGCCGAGCCCCGGCAGAACAGAUUGUACCCGGUGCAUCUCGCCCAUGUGGAGCAAGUGAACCAAUCCAUUCGGUUACUACAAUUUACUAUCCCGGAGCCAGAGAAUGGCGACCAACAGCAACCGUUCUCUUUCUUUCCGGGUCAGUGGCUGGAUGUGCACAUCCCAUCUAUAUCCAAUGCCGGAGGGUUCACCAUCACAUCGACCCCGGCAGAUGCCCAAGCCCUGCCAUCACCAGAGGACCCAGAUGCUUCAGCCGCCAGAGAGAAUGUAGCUGCAUCACUAGCCUCGCAGGGCCGAGCGCCCUAUGUGGAGUUGGCGGUCCAGGACUCCCCGUCUAACCCAGCAGCAGCUUGGUUAUGGAAACCCAAGCAUGAGAUCAUCGGCAAAGAGGUGAAUAUCCGAGUGGGAGGGAGUUUCAUCUGGCCACCAACUGGUAUAAACAUCCACGAGAUCAAAAAUGUGGUUUUGAUUGCCGGUGGCGUGGGAAUCAAUCCCCUGAUCUCCAUAUUGUCUCAUAUCAACCAAACAAAGAUUGAUAAACCACUUAAUGUACAUAUUCUGUACUCCAGUCGACUUCCUCAAGGACAAGCCACGGGAACAACCGAGUCUGUCCUUGAGCAGAUUCUGUUUCUUCCGCGAUUGCGGCACAUCAUUGGCUCCCAUGGCCCGUUUUCUCGAGUUCGCAUUGAUCUAGACUUGUUCCUCACUUCUGAAUCAGCAAGUGGGCUUUCCUCAAAGUCUCCUUCUGAUCUGAAAAUACACUCGAGACGGAUAAAUGACCAGGAUCUAUAUUCGUCGAUGGGUGGCAGAGACAAUGCGACUCAAGACACUGUGGCAUAUGUAUGUGGACCGCCAAUUAUGACGGACGAACUGGUUGAAAAGCUACGGGGUGUUUUGGAGGUUGAUGGGAAACAGAGGGUAUUUUUUGAGAAGUGGUGGUGA